AUGCACAUCGUAGAUGCAAACCACACCCUGUCAAUAUCAACAUCCUCUCAAGAUCCCUUUCAGCAUUCGCUUUACAAACAGUACUGCUGGAAUAUAACAUCUACAGAACGGAUGGGUUUGCGGGCGGCGUGCCAAUUCUUUCAAAGUUGGCCUAACUCCAUUUAUGCAUCGAUGCGUGAUGGCGUUCCCGGUGCCCCACAGUUGUACUCGUUCAGUGAAAAUCUUCCUGCAGAGAUGUUUACUGCACGGGGUCAGAUUGAAAUACACCUAAUCUUGUCGAACAGCGCUGUAGCGUCGGCUUCGUGUGAGGUACAACCAUAUCCAGACAAUUCGGGUUUGAUCUGUGGGUAUGGCGACAUAGCCCUCGAUGACCGGCAUCUUCUCAGCGUGUCCAUCCCAGACAACCAAGUAUCUUGGGAGUGUGUGUGGCUGAUCACCGUCGCCCAACGGGACUCAUUUGUCGUGUUCCUAGACCUGCUCUCUCUUAAUCUACAGAAUUAUCAGAAGCUCUCCUUCGGACGGGGACACGACACCAGCAAUCGUUCCUCCUUACUGACGGAGAUUGACAGUGGCACUUUCAAGAGUGACAACGGCUCCUCCUACUUCUUCUUUGAUCGGAAUCUUUGGAUCUCUCUGACGUCAUUCUUUCAUCUGGGCAACGGCGAAGAACGAAUUCAAACGAUCCUUUUACGAUUGGAGAACCUUACAAGUGUGGAAGUUGAAUGUGCAACUGGGCAAGUACUGUGCACCAUCGAUUCGAAAUGCAUACCAAUGCACGCUGUAUGUGAUGGCAAGGCCCACUGUUCAGAUUACACGGAUGAGGGCGGUAACUGUGAUUACUGUGGUGCGUCAGAUCUCGUUUUACAUCUUGAGGAACCGCUCACCAUUCUGGCAAAUGCAAGUCAAGUUGUCGGCACCUCAUCCACUCAUUUCACCGGAUUCUACGGGAUAUAUCCCGGAUCAGACGGACCGGUUCCGGAUAACUCUUCGUCAGACGGCGUCAUGGUAACCCAUUACAAUGAAGAACCGAUGCAGUUCGAGUGCGUCUGGCGCCUGACGGAGCCUGCCGGAACCAGAAUCCGGCUAGUGGUGGAGAAAUUCAGCGGGAACCAGAUAGUCCUAACGGUUGGCAACGGAUACGAUCCGGUGAACGAGAUACCAAUUCUCGUGCUGGACACGAAUUCCGGAUCGUUCUUUUUACCGGCUCAAGUUUUAUCGAGUGGUCAGGGAAUGUGGCUCACUCUUGGGCUGUCAAGAAGUUAUGGAUACCUCAGCGAGUUGAGGCUGGUCUUCACUACCUACAACACCACAGAUUGUGAUGUGAGUGAGUUUGCAUGUCCAUCUGGCCUGAGUUGUCUGGAGAACGCAUCUCAUGUGUGCAAUGGCGAGAGGGAGUGCCCUGGAUACGGAGACGAACUAGGCUGUGGUCUAUGCGAGAAGCAUCACUUUGAGUGUGCAUUAACGGGAGAGUGUGUACCUCGUUAUCAAAUAUGCAACGGCAAGGCUGACUGUUAUGACCGAUCUGAUGAGUUUCUGUGCGGUUACUGUGGGAAUGAAACCACACGCACUCGUCCUAACGUCACGUAUGCGAUUGAGCACAAUAACCCCAGAGUGGAGUGUCUAUGGAAGGUGGAAUCAGACGUGGGGACCAAAAUUCAGGCCAACAUUCAAAAGCUCCCACGACUGUGCCGCGUGACCUUUGUUACGACCUCCGAUCCCGAUGACCUGGACAAGAUCCGGACCAUAAGGACGGUCGGCAGUGCUUCUUCGUACAAGAAGACUAACUACCCGACUUCCAUUUCUACCAAUGAAUCGGUGAUGGUGAUCGUGAAGGAAUGUUUUACAUCUGGUUAUGCAGAUGUGUUGGCAAUUGACGUUCGUCAAUUCACCGAUGUUGAAUGUCUGCCGAAUCAGCAGCGAUGCUCUUCUGGCAUCGCAUGCAUCCAUGAAACAGCCGUCUGCGAUGGUUUGGCAGACUGCCCAGAGUAUUCGGACGAAAUUGGGUGUGGUAACUGUUCUGAGAGUGAGUUUCACUGCCGGUCGGGAGACCAGUGCGUCUCAAGUGAUCGCCUCUGUGAUGGAAACAUUGACUGCGCGGACUUCUCAGAUGAAUUCGACUGCGGGCCGUGCGGUGAAGGCAUUUUUGAUUUAGCAGGAAAUAGAUCGUUCAAUAUCAGCUCUCCCGGCUGGCCAAUCGACGAGUACCCCGAUCAACUGCAGUGUUUUUGGUUGGUGGUGGCAGAAGUGGGAUACCGUAUCGUUCUGAUUUUCACUGAGUUCCUAAUCGAGGAAGGCUACGACUACUUCUUUUGCAGCAAUGGCGUUGGAUUCGAAGACAGCAUUUUCGAAGCAAGUGGGAAAUAUUUUCCCAUUAGUCUUGCGUCCAGUGGCAACACGAUGUUUGCAAAGUUCACUUCCGAUCUGAGUGUUAGGAAGAAGGGCUUUUUGCUCAAUGUUGAGCAGAAACCGGCCAAAUAUGUUUCGUGUGGAGAAGAUGAAAUUGCUUGCAAAAAGGACGAACUGGUUUGUGUUAGAAACGACACGUCCGAGAGGGGCCGACCACUAUGCUCAAGGGAUGAAUGUGGGAUGGGUCGCUACAGUAUUUGGAGCUAUCCUGUUUCUUUCACGUCACCGGGUUACCCCUCCAACUACCCCAAUGAUAUCCAUUGCAUUUGGGAGAUCGUGGCGAGAAAAUCGGAGUCGAUACUGGUAUCGAUCGAAGAGUUCGAUACAGAGAGAAACAGUGACAAAGUUCAGUUUUUCGUCAAUGCUUCGACCGAAGCGUUUGAGCUUGACGGCACCACCAAAGUGCGAACAAUCGCCUUCAAUGCAACGACAGUGAAGGUUCAUUUCAUUUCUGAUCUGUCUGUGACGAACAGUGGGUUUUGGUUCAUGCUGAAUGGUAAUUAUUCACUGAAAUCUGAGAAACCGUGCCCAGACGCGCGCCUGUUUGAUUGCGGUGAUGGUUCCUGUUUGUCGGUUGAUGCUCGGUGCGAUGGCUUCGUAGAUUGUCAGACGGACGGGCGGGACGAGCUAGACUGUGAAAUGGUGUCCUGUCCAGACUUCUUCCUCUGUAACAACUCAGUGAAGUGCAUCUACUGGCCCAUGGUUUGUGAUGGCAACCCGGACUGCCCAAAUGCAGAUGACGAGACCGAACGGGAAUGUGUAACUCAUCGAUGCCCCACUGAGUGCAAAUGCAAGAUGAAUGGGAUUUUUGAGGUUGCCUGCAUUGGCGGCUGGAAUCAGACUACUAUCGGACGUAUUGCUACAAAAGUAGAGGACCUCACACUGUCCGGCGCCAACGUCAGCGUUCUGGAUGCAGGACUCUUCAAAGAAUUUUCAGAACUGAGAAUAUUACGUCUCAUCAACAACAGCAUCAGCAAUUUUGAACCUGGGACGUUUGAUGGGCUACAAAAUCUAACAACGUUAAAUAUAUCCGGCAAUCUCAUCACAAGCUUUGAAGCGGACUGGUUUCACGAGUUGAAGGAUCUGCAAAGCCUUUUGGCUCAGAAUAUGUCCUUUGAUUGGAUCAGAAACGGAGCCUUCAAUGGACUGAAGAAACUGAAGAUAAUGGUACUGAUCCGAGGCAAAUCGUCCCUCAAAACUGCAGUUGAGGUCGAGAAGGAUGCAUUAACCGAUCUCGAGAGUUUCGAAAUGUUGUAUGUAGACGACUACCGCCUGUGUUGUGAGUUUGUUGAACUCUUGCCGCAUUUUCCAGUGACUAACUGCAAGACGACAGAAGCUCAGCCACCGCUGAACCUCUGCGGCGACCUAAUGAGGAACCAACUACUACGCGUCUCCAUGUGGGUUCUGGGCCUGAGCGCCCUCAUCGGCAACGCGGUGGUUAUUAUCUGGAGGUGUUUUCAGGGCGAAGAAAAGGGCGGGAGGAGGACACACUCCUUCUUCGUCUUCAAUCUGGCGAUUUCUGACCUGAUGAUGGGGGUGUACAUGUUGAUUAUAGCCGGGGCUGAUAUACACUUUGGCGAAGAUUACUCUAACGAGGCUAGUGAAUGGCGGUCUAGCAUCGUCUGCAAGAUAGCUGGGGUGUUGUCGGUUCUUUCCAGCGAGGCUUCCGUAUUCUUCGUCACCUUGAUCAGUCUCAACUGCUUCUUUUCCAUCGUGUUCCCCUUCAGUCGGUUUCGAAUUAGGCAAAAGUCAGCCACUGUAAUGAUAACUAUCAUCUGGUUGGCUGCGGUGUGUGUGAGUGUCGGGCCUACCGUCUUUGUUGGUUCUGACUCGGAGGUGUACGGCCUAUCAGAUGUUUGUAUCGGUCUACCUUUAACCACAGUCCCGACUAGUUACGAUACCAAACAGCACAACCUUGGUGACUCCAACACGAUCCCGAUCCCUGUUGGUCAGGGGAACCAGCCUGCCUGGAUCUACUCCAUCAUUCUGUUUCUCGGAGUCAAUUUGCUCUGUUUUGUGGUCGUGUUGGGUUGCUACGUCGCCAUCUUUGUCAAGGUCAAGCGCACAGCCUCCAGGGUCCGUAACUCCGCACACCGCGACCGAGAGAUCAAGAUGGCGAUCAAGAUGGCGCUGAUAGUCGGGACGGACUUUGCCUGCUGGAUGCCGGUCAUCAUCAUGGGAAUUCUGUCACAGACUGGGGCGGUGGAUAUCGGUCCAGAUAUGUAUGCCUGGAUUGUGGUCUUCAUUCUACCCAUCAACUCCUCCCUCAACCCGUACCUGUACACCGUCUAUACCGUGGUAGUGAACAGGCGUCAUGCCCUGAAUAGCGAGUUGAUGAAGUCUAGGUUCACGACUGAAAUGAAGACGAAGUCAUUGGAGACAUUGAGUUCGAGUUUGUCUGACACUAACAAGCAAUCAUAAACCUUUUAGUGAUCAUUUCUGUCAUUCGAGUUAUAAACAUUGGCUCAUAGAUCGAUCCUACCAACUGCUAUAGCGUGGAUUGAUAUCCCAGCAAGAUCUACGCAUCGAAAGCGGCUGAAGAUUUUUUCAUAAUUUCAAUUUUGAAUUUUAAAAAAGUGAAAACUAUACUUGGUUGUAUUACAAUGUGAAGUCUGUUAGUGAGGGGGCUAGAGUUGUUUCCAAAAAUAUCAUGAAAAUAAUUGUCGGUUCAUUUUUAAAAUUUCUGUGAGCUAAUUUAUAUUGUAGGCCUGUCAUGUCAAA